AUGCCAUUCGAUCUGGCCGAUGCCCUCAAAAACAAGAGGUCAGACUUGAAAAGUGUCACAACAAAGGUGAUAUCAAUCGAUGGUACAGAAAGCGAAGAACGCAGGGGAAAAGAUGGAACUUUCGAAGAAGUCGACUUGUUGGGAGACAUAAACGAGGAUGGAGAAGGUAUCUAAAAUAGUAUGGUGAUAAUUGUUGCAGAAGUUACGGUGUCCAACCGUCGCCGGAAAAAAGUCGAGAGGGCUAAGAAAAUGGGAUUCGUGGUCGAUUUGAAGCCAGAUCUACAAGUUGCCGAGGCCGCUGCUAAUGUUUUCCUAGGGUAUUUUACAUAUGCCAUCGACAAGAACCCCCCACGACAAGGGCCCCGCGAUAUUUAACGGUCUUUGAUGUCGAGAGAGUACAGAAACGUGGGGAGCGGUCACUGGGAAAAACACUUUUUGGCCAUAUAUUUUCUGGAUUCGUGCGGAAAGAAUUAAUUCAUGUGGAAACAUUACCCUCUACGGUAGAAAUAGAAAUUUCGUUUUUGCUUUUUACUCUGUAAAGUAAAAAUGUAGGAAUCAGAAAAAAUGGAUCGAAAUCCAUUCCGCCGAUUACCCUAUGGCCUGUUUCAGGAAAUCCUUGUCGACGCUCAGGGGUCCUUGUCACCGGGGGUCCUUGUCGCCUUUUCCAACUUUCCGUAUUUUACAACUUCUGCAUUCUCUUAUUCUGUUUUAGUAGUCAGGAUGUCGCUGCUGAUUUCCAGUUACUCAAACGGCAUGGGAUUACAGCCAUAGUCAAUGCUGCAGCUGGAGUGGCGAAUCUUUAUCCGAAGAACUUCGAUUAUCUACGAGUGGAACUGCUAGAUCUCCCAGAAACGGAUAUUCUAAAGGAACUCCCAGCUGUUCUUCGCUUCAUUUACGAUAAUGUUAAUUCCGGAGGUCGAGUUCUUGUUCAUUGUAAUGCUGGUGUCUCUAGGGCUGCUUCUAUUGUUUUGGCGUACAUGAUCAAGUAUAAUAACUUGUCAUUCCAUGAGUCUUUCUCAAAGUUGCGGGCUUUGAGACCUGCCAUACAGCCCAAUUCCGGAUUUGUAAAGCAGUUGAUAGAAUUUGACAAGAUUUGUAGACAAGAAUAAGUAAACCUUAAUUUGACCGUUUUCUGAAAUUAUGAAACUGGAUGAUGGAGGCGCGAUAAUUGAUGUUGCUUUUAGUUCGUGUUUUUUGAUUUGUAUAUUAACAUUUAUUUGCAGUUUUAUGCUAAGUGAGUAUCGUAUCUGCAACGUAUCUUGUGAUUAUUAUUUAUCGGAACAGACGCCUUAUUCCGCCGGCAACCGAUCCGAACUCCCAGUGAUUCGAGUAUUUGGAAUCGACAAAAACGGUGAGAACUGUGAUUUUUUUCCUAAAGGUGUACAUUUAGGUCAGAAAUGCUGUGCUCAUAUCCACGGCACUUCCCCAUGCAUCUGGAUGCGGACGAAUUGCCAACUGAGCUCGUCCCAAAGACUUCUGCUCUCUCAAACCCUGUCCCAACGGCUCCAAAACGCGGGGAUUCAGCUCCGAGCGGAUCCAAUAAUUGAAAUCUCCGAAUGCAAAGCAAGGUAACUCAUAUCUCGCAUGCCUAAUCACUUCUUAAGAUCCAUGUAUGGGUAUUAUGAUAAUAAAGAUUAUUUUAUUCGCAUUUCUCUCAGGAAUCCAGUCCAUACACGAACGUAUGUUGAACCUGAUCUGAAAGGUAUAUUUAGGUUGACUAAAAUCCUGCAAGGUGAAGCUCUUCAUGAUUUUAAGCUUCAGCCGUACAUGUCUCAUAUCCCUUUCAUUUUACAAUUUUUUAUCGAAUAUUCAAUUUUUGGGAUGGGUCAGAUUGGAUUCAGGAAAGUGUUGUUUAGAAAGGCGCCCAACUCUUCGUCAGGCUAUAAUUUGUAAGUGAUGGCAACAACCCAUUCUUUCCAAUGAUUAGGUCUUCCCUUCCUCCUGCAUCCAAUAUGUCUGUGGAGUUUGAUGCUCAUGUGGAAGACAUUUUGAACCCUUGGGAAGAAGUGAACUGCAAGUAUAUUAACAGUGGCUUGGAGUAUAUCUGGAAUGACGAGGAACACAGAAGGAAACUGCUGAAGAUACCGAUGUUUCGGCCAGGCCAUCCUAGCAUUAACACGUUUACCAUAGCCAAAAAUGAGAGAAUGAAUUUGGCCAAAUUGAGGGAUAAAGUAACUGAUGCAGCGACUAACGUACCGGAUACUCAGAAAAUAAAACUUUCGGAUCUACCUCCCUUUUAUGGUAUGAUGUUCUUUCAAUUGAGUAUUUUACUUUUCUUUUAAGAUAAUUUAAGUUUUGAUCCGGACGCGGUUCGUACGGAUAUUGAAGACGCCGAAGCGGAUGACGAAUCUCAACAUGACGAGAGCAUUGUAAGUCCGGAAAACAGUAAUAAACAAGGUUUAUAAAGCAUGACGAACUCUCCGAGAUGUCCUCGACUUCCCUUUCUGAUGAUGAGACGGGGUAUAGUGAAAUGAUUGGUCCUUUUAAAGACGUCGAUGACUUUGUUGGAUGGUGAGUAUGAAAUAUAAUAGCUGGAUCUAUGACAAUUCAGGGAGACUGAAGGAAUUAAUACACAAUUUUUCGAAGUCAGCAACUCCUAUGAGAAGAAAGUAACGUUGCAAAAAAUAAAAAAGGCCAGGGAAAAGAAGGCUAAAGAUCCAGGUGAUAUUAAGCAGAAUGAUAUCAGCCAAAUAAGGUCUUUCGAAUACUGCGGCAAUCUACGUGAUGUAAGGGGAGCCAUUGUAACAUUGAGAAUUUAGGUGACAAUUUAUACACGCCUAAUUAAACGCCAUAAUCAUAAUGUCUCCCCGGUUAAAGGAUCAGUGAAAAUUCAGUCUUCUUCUACUGUAGACAAUUUAUGCGUUAUGGCUGUCGAAUUAAUAGCCGAUCCCGUAUCCAACUCCAGGGUUCCGGAUCCCGCUUCAGACCCGGUGAUGGUUUUAUCUUGCGCACUCUGCACUGAUAUUUCUAAUUGGACCUCUAAAACUCCCUUUUCUUAUAUCAGAUCUAUUGUUGUAAGAGGGGGCGUUAGCUGUGGCCCUACACGGGAUGUGGAUUACGUUGACAGCGAGAUGGAAUUGUUUCAAAAGUUUGCUGAAAUUGUGCAAAGGUAUUACAAUACGCGUCAUGACAUUUCCGAAAUGCGGAAUGGUGACACUUCCGGAACCGGAGAACAACAAAAGAUAAGGCUUAUAAUUAGCACUACCAUCUGAAUCGCCUUACUGCUAUUAAUUUCAAAAAUUUUGCUAUUUUUUCAGGUUGUUGCUUUUUUUCUUAAGCAAUGCUUUUAAGUAGUAAUUUUCUGAUUUAAAAAAAUAAAAACACAUGAAUUAUAAGUCACACAUAUGCCCCAAGGACUGCUGGUCAUUUUACACUGAAAAUUAUAAUUUCGAUUUUUCUACCGUAAUUCACUUAUUGUAAAACACUGGUUGUCGGAAAGAUUUGAAAUUUUGCUUAGAGAAUCGGGGCUAAGGUAGUACAACCCCCCAGUCCAGUUCAGCCCCCCUUGACCCAGUAUAAACCCCCUCAUCCAAUCUGAACCGCCUACUCGGGAUUGGGUUCUCUCGGCUACGAUCAUCGCUGCCUGAACCACAAGAACGAACUUGGACGGUAACUGGGGGUUUGAGCUAAAACGCCGGUGGUCAUUUCACUCUAAUUUGCAUUUUUUGUAUUAUUCUAAUUUUUUAAUUAUGGGGGGUGUGAAAUGGACAAAACAUUGGGGGUUUGAACUACCUUUCGUGGGGGGCUGAACUACCAAAGCCCCAGAGAAUCUACAUAGCCUGAAACAUAAUUAAUACAUGAAGUUUCAUCUAACCAUGGACUGGUUCCUCUAGAUUACUUUUCCUAAACCCUCCCUUUUGAACCUUAAAAAUCGCGGAUGGUGUUGCUAAGCCCUUUUUUUUGUUUUUUCCCGGUUCAGGAAGUGUAAAUAUUCCGCUAUUCCGGAAAUGUCGCGGCCCGUACAAUAUAUAAUCUCGUCGUUUUAUUGUUCAGAUUUGAUCCGGAUAUCUUGGUUGGAUAUGAUCUCCACAGAGAGUCUUGGACUUAUCUGGAACGAAGGACUUCGUUUACGAAGCACCCGCUUUGCAAGAUGAUUUCAAGGGUUAAAGGUUUGCCUUCAACCUUGUUUUAGAAUUUUAAGAUGUUUCGAUUUUCGAAAAAUCCGGGGCUGGAAUUGACGCUGGAAGGAUUAAAUUAGAAGUAUGGAAAACUGCAAGAAGGGACAGUCCGAUGAGAUCCUAUGAAUUUGGGUAUGUGGUUGGCCAAGUUUUGGAUCUUCCUUUCAUGGAACUCGACUUUGAAAUGCUCAAAGAACUCUCAAAUUCUACAAACCCGGACUGCAAGUAAGUAUCUUUCUCGAGGGAUCAUAACUCGAUGACGUAGACUGCUGCUUGUAGAUAUAUGCAUGAAAAGAGCACAAUAUGACAUCCAGAUACUGGAAAAGUUAGACAUCUUUGUAAAAACGUCACAAAUGGCCAGAGUUUACGGUAUACAAUUUAUCGAAGUCUUAACUCGAGGUUCUCAAUUCCGAGUUGAAUCAAUGUUAUUGAGAUUGGCGAGGAAAAGAGGAAUGAUUCCUCCUUCUGUUGGAGUUAAACAGCGAUCAUUGUAAGUCGUAUGACGUGAAACUCUGAAGGUAUCUUUAGAAUGGGGUCUCCCGAAACGAUUCCUUUAAAUUUGGAGCCAGAAUCUGGAAUAUACCGGGACCCAGUAGUCGUCCUCGACUUUCAAAGCCUUUAUCCUUCGGUUUGCAUAGCUUACAAUUACUGUUUCACAACCUGUUUGGGGAAGAUGAGUCGUCUUCUUAACGCUGAUCUUGGUGAUCAGAUCAAAUUAGGGGCUUUGAGCUACACAUCUUUGACUUCUGAUAAGCUAAAAGAGCUGAUUGAUAACGAUAAUAUCCAUAUAUCUCCUACUGGUGGAGUGUUCGUGAAGGCCAAUGUACAGAAGAGUAUGCUGGCAGAGAUGCUGAUGGAACUACUGGAUACGCGAGUCAUGGUCAAGGACUCGAUGAAGAAUUUCAAAGGAGAUGCGGUAAGAAAUCACAAAUUAUAAUCGUUUCUUCUAGCUUAAACGAAGGAUGUUCGUUAUACUGUAAGUUUUAGAUUCUUCGUAGAACAUUGGAUGCGCAACAAUUAGCGCUAAAGCUGGUGGCCAAUGUUACCUAUGGUUAUACAGCAGCUAAUUGGAGUGGUCGAAUGCCUUGUGAAGAAGUGGCUGACGCAAUUGUAUCGAAAGGAAGAGAGGCCUUGGAAGGUGUAAUUCAUAUGGUCGACGGCAAUGCAGAACGAUACAAGCAUGCGGAAGUUAUUUAUGGCGACACUGACAGUGUCUUUGUGCUAUUUCGAGGUAAGUUCAUUACAGGGUGACCAGAAAAAUUGCAUCUCAUAUCUUUAUCUGGAAGACUGACUUUUCAUGUAUACUCCGCCGAUUUAAUUUUUACCAGUCUGAAACUCGGAAACGUUGAUAUCUAUGAACUCCGCGUCAUCAAAAAGUUUGAUCACCAGUUGAUCCUAUGUUGUACUGCCAAAAUAUCAUAAUUGUUGUACUAGUAUAGCUGAACAUCAGCCCGACGAAGGUUGGGUUGGUGUGUAAAAACCCUAGGGGUAAAUGGACAAACCUUAUUGUUUUUCGUUUUCGACCAUGGGGAACAUUUUUCAUAUAAUUGACGCUUUGGUUGUAGGAUGUAGCCUUCGACAUGUCGAAAAUGUACCAAAAUAAAGGGGGUUGGUUACUGUAACAGCAAUACCAUUGUUUUUCUUGAUUUUUUGUAACGUUGAUCACAGUUUGGAGGCAUGUGGGUCAUAUUAUGGACAGGAAAAAUACUUUAACAACGAAAAAGUUUAAAUAUUCCAGUUUCUUUCACGUUCUGGAUUAAUUUGGGACGCGACAUUUUCGCGUCAAAGCCCAUGAAAAAAGUUGAAUUUUUUUCUGGCCACCCUGUAAUUUAAUUGACCGUCUUUUGUUGAAUUAGGGUGCUCUCGAAAUGAGGCUUUCAAGUUGGGAAGGUUGAUCGCAGAAGAUGUCACCAAAAUGAAUCCAAAUCCGAUGAAAUUGAAAUUUGAGAAGGUUAUGCAACCAUGUAUAUUGGUCACUAAAAAAAGAUAUGUUGGGAGGUCGUAUGAGAAGGAAGAAGAUGCCGGAGUCUUCGAUGCCAAGGGAAUCGAGACGGUCAGAAGGGAUGGAUCGUUAUUCGUGUCGCAGGUAUGAAUAACUGCUGAUUGAAGUUGGUUCAGAUGCUUGAGAAAUGUUUGAAUAUUCUCUUCGAUUUUGGACAAACAGCUGUGAUACGAUAUCUUCAAAGUAAAUUGGCGAAUCCAGAAAGUUUCCCUCUUUCGUCCUUUAUAAUCAACGCUGAAUAUCGAGGGGAGUAUGCAGAGAAGGCACAAGUACCGGCGAAGAAAUUGGCGAUGUGAGAACUUGUUUUAUCUUACGACUUUGCUUUCAGGCAAAGGAAGGAGAUGUGCGAAAGAUUCGAGCCAAUCCGAGGAGAGCGUCUUCCAUUUGUCAUCAUCCGGCCUGAACCCCAUUCCAAAACCAAGAUGAUUGAUUGUGUCGUUGGAUGGGAGGAGUUUCUUAAAGAUUCCUGUUUACAAUUACAUUAUAAUUAUUACAUGGGGAAACAGCUAAUGUCAGCCUUGACUCGAUUCUUUGAUCUUACACCAUAUGGAUUACGGUAUCAUUCAUUGUAUUUUGAUAUCUGUCAAAGGUAAACAGAUAAAAAGAGUUGCAGUAAGACUACUGCUUAAUCCGUUACAGCUGUGGAAAAAGCACUAACGACAGUGAGUUCUGUGAGGAUUGUAGUGAGGAUGACAAUGUGGAUCAAAUCAGAUUGGCCAAAUACUUUGUCCUUCAAAGGCGGCUCUUAAGGACUUAUAGAUCCUGUAAAAACUGUAUUAAGAUGGAUUCUGUGGACAUUGAUGUUCGGAAUUUAAAGUGCUUCAACUUUAAUUGCAAUAUCAACAACACCAGACUCAAGCUGGAGAGGAAUCUCGAAAACGGUGACGAGGUCGACUUCAGAUCGGAUCGGCUUCUUACCAAAAUAUAAUAUUAUUUUUAUAGCAUUGCUGUUUAUAUUUAGUUAUAAGGAUUGUGAAUUAUGACCUCAAUUAAAACAAGUUAUUUCGUCUUUCCGUGACUGUUGACCUAAAUCUAUUUACUACGACGAUAAUUAGCUGAUGUUGAGUGCCCCGAAGCAAACGAAAUUAUAAGGAGACUUAAGUACGCUCGAUGAUGAGAAGAAUUCUUUCUCUUGUGGCAUUUCUCUUAAUAGGAAAAACUUUGGUAAGGGGGUUGGUGGUAUUAUAUAGUGUUAGUCUCUAGAAGACGAUAUCGAAUUAAAUGAUGACACUGCAACACCGAGCUGGGAAGAAAAGAUGAGAACCCUGGAUGAGAAAUGGCAGAUUCGUUUGGGGCAGCAAGUUGCGUAUCUUAGAGAAAGGAUCGAAAAGUUGGAAACUACCGUAAGUAGUUCAUCUCUUGCGUUACCAUGUGACACUAGAUGAAUUCCCUAAAUCAUGUCAUGGAAUCUGAUUGGAACCAUUUCGGCGACCAAAAAUUCAAAUUUUUUGACCGAAAUGUUGAUUGGAACGAGGCUCAGGUAAAGCAAAAUGAACAGCCAUUUUAUUUUUAGGUAUUUUGUCGGCUGCAUAAUGCCCAGUUAAUAAAUGUGGACGAUUCGCAAAAAAACAAAAUAAUUUCCGGUAGGGGUUAGCUGAAUUUCCCUCUUCAUGAUUACAGAAUUCUUGACAAGAGCUGACCCAGCAAUAACCGAAGUUUGGAUUGAUUUAAAGACACAAACUCAGAUGGAAACAGAUUCAUACAAAUAUGAUAACUUCAGCGAGAAAGGACUUAUCGAAGGGUGCACUGUCGUGGACAUCAGAGGAAAGUGGAAGAUCAGGCCAUGCUCACGACAGAGACCUUUCAUCUGUGAGAGAAAAUAA